AAUCCUCUUCAUUUGAAUGCUACUUGUCCCCCUUCCUCGUUCUCUGAUUAUAAGCACCAACAUACGGAAGGUCACAAACAAAAUGGUGACGGCCAUAACCUCUUCAAACCGCUGGAAAACCACUCUCCGCAGCCGUAAACCAUGGGCUAUGUCUCUAGAACAACAUGGAUGGUUCAAGAAAAAGGGUUGAGAGCAUAACAUCGAUCAUCACUGUCCACGUAUCAUAUCAUCAACACCACCACAACCUCACCGAGCCCUUGACGAAUGUGGGUGUGGGUUCCCACUUCAUGUAAAAGGAAGGAAGAAUCCAAGAUGGAGGGCAUGAUGGGAAACCCAAUAUACAGACCGACAUGUGUCCUGCCACAUGUACUUAAACCGACAUGCAGGGCUCAAGCGGGUUGACACGUAUCUUAUGCCGUCUGCCGUACCUCCCCUAUAUAGGAUCGCUGCCCACCUCAUUUCUCUUCCCAACUACUUCUUUCUAUCUCCUUGGAAACGGAAACGUUGCUUUGCUUGAGUAAUUGAUUGAGAAUUUGAAAGGGAUAUACGGAAGCUACAGGAAUGGCUACAGUGGGAAGAAACAUGGCAGCUCCUCUACUCUUCCUCAACUUGAUAUUGUAUAUUCUUGUGGUGGGUUUUGGUAGUUGGUGCCUCAACAGGUUGAUCAAUGGCCAGACCAACAACCCUGGGUUUGGAGGGAACGGUGCAACUUUGUUCUUCCUGGUAUUCGCCAUACUGGCGGGUGUGGUGGGCGUGGUAUCAAAGUUUUCCGGCGGUAACCACAUCAGAGCAUGGAGGAACGACAGUCUAGCAGCAGCAGGAUCAUCAGCACUGGUUGCAUGGGCCAUCACUGCACUAGCCUUCGGAUUAGCUUGUAAGGAGAUCCACAUAGGAGGGCACAGGGGCUGGAGACUGAGGGUGCUAGAGGCACUGAUAAUAAUAUUAACAUUCACCCAACUGCUCUACCUCAUGCUGCUCCAUGCUGGGGUUUUCAGCAGCAAGUAUGGUCCGGGUUACAGGGACACUGAGUAUGGCACCGGAGCUCCCGCCGUCGAUCCGGGACAUAAAGGUGGUGUUGCUGGAACUAGGGUUUAAAUUAAGGACGAAGUAGCUAGUAUAUACCACUGUUUUAUUCUUAGACUUGUAGGGUUUCUGUGUUUGGACAUCUUGUAUGUUCCCCUCCCCCCUCUUUUUUUUUUUUUUUCUCUUCUUUUAAUUUGUGGUUAUGUAAAUAAUGGUGGUGUUUGUGUUGUGUGUUGUAUUGUGGAGAUCAGUUGAACAGCUUUUAACUGUUUGAUCUCAAUACUAUGGGUGGUUUUCCCUGGUUUUGGUUUGAGCAA